ACGGUUGUGGUGAGUGUGGGUUUUUCCUUCAUAAGAAAUGUGCUGAGCUACAAACGGAGAUCAUUAAUCACCCCCUCCACUCCGAGCACCCUCUCACUCUUCAUUUGGAAGAUUAUGCUCAUAAUAGCUGUAAUGUUUGCAGGAAAGUUAUCAGAUUUUUUUAUCGAUGCAAGUCUUGUGAUUUUGACCUUGACCUUAGAUGUGCUAUGCAUCCUCAAUUUGUUGCUCAAGAGUUUCAAAAGCUUCAACAUUUUAGCCACGAUCAUCCAUUGAUACUUGUUGAAGAUAUUGAACAUCAAACCAAAUAUGUAGUCUGUCCAGGAUGUACGGAACCCAUGUACAAGUCAAGUCCAUUCUAUUCUUGUCCCAAUUGCAGAUUUCUCCUUCACAAGAAAUGUGCAGAGUUGCCUCUUAAGAUCAAUCACCCUGGCCACCGGAAGCACCCUCUAAAGCUUUUGACCAAACAUUUACCACAUCAAGAGAAAUGUUCUUGUCAUUUGUGCACCAAGUCUUAUGAGGGAUUUGUUUAUUAUUGUUCUGUUUGUGAGUUUGAUUUCAAAGCUACGGAUGCUUUUUUGCAAACAAUUAGAGCUGAAAUUCAUGAACAUCCGUUGAACCCUAUUUCAGGCACAGUUUCAUUUAUCUGUAAUGCAUGUGGAACGGAUGGAAGUCAUGUUUGCUUUACAUGUGCUGAAUGCAGCCUUAUUAUUCAUACAGAUUGCACUUCACUUCGACGCACCAUCAAAAUAAUAAGGCAUCCACAUCUACUUUCUCACAUCUAUUUCUUUCAAGAUGAGGAAGCUGGAAAACGUGAAUGCAAUAUUUGUCAUGAUGAAAUAAAUCUGGGAUAUGGGAGUUACUGCUGUUCAGAUUGUAACUAUUUUGCUCAUGUAAAUUGUGCAAUUGAUGAAGCUCUUUUGGAAGAUGAAAGGUCCAAACCAUCAGAUGACUUGAUUGCUAUCUCUCCUGCUUUUCAGGAAAUCAAACCUGGCGAGAUAAAGCAUUUCAGCCAUAGACACAACUUAAUAUUGAGUGAUGAUGCGGUUGAGGAUGGCCAAAGUUGUGAAGGUUGCAUUCGUUCCAUCUCUACAUUUUACUAUUGUGCACAAUGUAAUUUCUUUCUCUGCAAGUGCUGUGUUCAUGGGUUACCCAAGGAGGUGCGUCACUGGAUUUGCAUGCACUUAAGAGAACUCUUUUUCUAUUCCAUCUUUUAUUGUGACCAUUGCGAGUUUUGGAGUAGUGGGUUUGGCUACCAUUGUAAUGCAUGCAACGACAUUAUGUGCAUCAGGUGUAAUGAAAUUCUUGACACUCGUAGUGAAAUUAUAGAUGGACGAGAGCACUUCCUUUUCUUUGACCACAAAUACAUAGGGAAAUGUUAUGGUUGUGAUGAUUAUGGUUUUGGGCGCAGUUUUAGAUGCGGGGACAAAAAAUGCAAUUUUGCCUUGAAUUAUAGAUGCCUUGUGCUACCAAAAACAGCUUCGUACAAACAUGACAAUCAUGCUCUCAAGCUUACUUUUCGCGAUGAUCAUGAUCUAAGUCAAUGUUGUUGUGACAUAUGUGAAGAAGACAGAGAUCCGAAACAUUGGUUUUAUCAUUGUAGUGAUUGCAAUGUUUUUGCUCAUCUUGAUUGUGUCCUUAGGGAAUCCCCAUUUGUCAACCUCUGGAAACCAUUCCAGAUUGAUGAUCAUGAACACCCUGUCACUUUGGUGAAGAUAGAUUUUGACCCACCUGAAUGCAACUUCUGUGGUGAGCCUUGUAGUGAUGAUCUAUCCAUUCAAUGCAAAGAGCCAGAUUGUACCUACAUAAUCCACUCAAAGUGCUAUUGGAAGGAUAGAAAUGAUCGGAAUUGGUAUCUUCUACACACAGACUGAAGAGCUGACACUGGUAUUGUUCUUGUGAUAUUAUGUAAAUGAUAUAUCUCAUUUGCACUUCGUUUUGUUCUCAACUGAUUUUUAAGUUUAGUUUAAUCUUCUAGCUGUCGGUUGAUGUGGUCGGACUAUAACUUUUCAACCAAAUAUGUGAUAUGACUAUUGUUUGAAAUUUGAAUGUAUUGCUAUAAAUAGUUGUUCUUUCU